UCAAACGCUAUCCAAAAACCAAGUUCUCAGCACAUCACCAUGCGAUGGAUCCAGACUAUCCAACUGCGGGGGCGCCAAGUCGUAAACGUCGGCGACAAUCAAGCGUCUCGGCACUGCGACCGAAUGACACUGCAAGUCCACACACGGAGCUAGGUCACAUGAGAUCAGACGAAAAGACAGGCUCUACAAGCUUCGUGGGCAGUGGAAGUGGUAUAGCAUUUGUCCAUACAGUACGCUCAGCUCUUGCCAAGAAUAUGAGCAAGGAUAGCAGUCUGUUUGACAGCGAAAUUGUCCCAGGCGAGGAUGACCACGUCUCUCGAAACUCGCCAGAAUCUCUUUGGCAUCCAAAUGAGAUCUUGCACAGUUCUUCCGAGCAAGGAGCAAACUCAGACUCCACUACCUUCGAAGACCUCGUGUACUGGAGUCAACCAUACUUCAAUAUUUGGCAUGCACCUUUUCCUUUUCUUCACGCACCCAGCAUUCUUGGCCUUUUCGAGACCAUUUCAUCUGAUGGGCUUUUGUCACUAAGUGAUAAUGAGACAACGAUAGUUCAGUCUGUCUUGUCAAUAUCGCUUGCGGACAGAAGGCAAAUGCCAAAAGGAGAUCGAAGCAGUAUCCAGCUUAUGCCAGCGAGUCUGGUUUUCAACACUGUCGAGGAUGCGAUUGCAAAUAUAUCCACUCUUCUAGUCCACUCAUCAACAGUCUUCGGCCUCCAAGCAGCUGUGAGUAUUCAAAUCUUUCUGAUUUCAAUCCUUCGUCUCAACACGGCUUCAAGAUUUGGAGGCCUCAUUGUACGAAUCGCUUUCCAUCUGGGACUUCAUCGAUGUCCUUCUCGCUACAAGCAAUUUUCCGCUGCUGAGGCUGGUAUGCGACGAAGACUGUUUUGGACAAUCUAUUCCCUUGAAAUGUUUCUCGCUCAGUCUUUGGGCCUACCCGUCACUCUGAAAGACGAAGACAUUGACGUUUGUCUUCAUGAUAAUGAAGAUCACACUACCAAUCACAGAGACGGAUUGAACAACAAUGAUUCGCGUCGCUUCCUACUUCCUACGUUUCUCGCUCGUAGUAGUCAGAUUAAAGGUUUGAUCCUCGAGCUUAGACACAAGUCGAUUAAUCAUAGGGUGACUGAUCCUAAUGAAGUCGCCCACAUAGAUACUGAGAUAUCGAGAUACUGGAACGAGGUGCAAGAUUUCAUCGACCCCUCAUCUUUGGAAGAUGAUGGCACCAAUUCUCCAGUGGGACAAGCGCCCUCUGAAAUGAUAAGAUCGUGCCAUAAACUUCUGCUCAUUGUACAGAAACAUGAAUCAGUCAUCCUGUUGAAUCGGCCAGUCAUGACUUCGGGGCAUAAUACUUUCGCAGUCAGCGCAGCGAUCCAGAAGUCUAUUGGAGCAUCAAAAGCUAUCAUCUCGAGAAUAUAUCAACACUUACAAGAUUGCAAGAGGGAGGAACAGUCAACAGACGGUCGGACCACUAGUCCUUUGUUCUGGCCAGGGUUCACGUGGUGCGUCUGGAUGAGUGGUUUAAUAUUGCUUUAUGCUGCAUCUAAUGGAUUCUAUGCUGUGGAGACUGCUCAAAGAGAAGCUACUCGUUGUGUCAAGAUUCUUGAAAAUCUUUCAUUGCGAGGGGUGUUCUGGCCUGGAGCAUGUGCAGCGGCUAUCAAAGACCUGCAAGAGGCUUUGAGGCAGAAAGUUGGGAAUGAACUUCUAGGAUCGGAGACAGAACCUGCUACGAGCAGACAACAGGACAUACAUACACUCAGAUCAAGCACAAACGGCCUCGAGAAUCGUCUUGAUGUAGACCGUGAGAACGCUUCCUCAUUAACCUCUUUACAACAUCUUAACUCUCGUCACGGAAAUUCUGGAGCGCAUCAUGAUAUGUUGAAAGCUGCAGCAGAAGACACCUCACCUUUAGGCACAGUCGCUCCCAAUAAUCCGAGCCGAUCUCCAAUUCCAGUCUUCCAGGGAGACCCAACGCCGCUUCAGAAUUGGCCAGCUAUGAAUGGACAAUUUUUUCCUAUGGAAAGUUCAUUCGAUGAUUUCGAUGAUAUAUUUCAACUCAUGGACGUACCUUAUCAUCUCAGCGAACUUUCUUGAACGGUUUCACUUGAGCGAACACCAAUACUGGUAUGUCCCAAUAACAUGGCUAACUCGAUAUCUGCGGCGAGGUGAAGGCGAUUAGAGUUCGAUUGUUUUCUGAUUGAAAACUACUUAUUUUCGUUUCAGUCUUUCUUUCGAGUUCAAGGGGUUUUGUUUUGAGGUGGUAUCAGAGCUUUUUGCGCAUUCUGCGGGUUCUGCGGUAUUCGCGCAAUUGGGCCAGUCGGCAAUCUUCCGCAGACUGACUUCACCUGUUUUCCUACUGACUAUACUACGAAUCAGAGCUACUACUGUCUCUAAGGUUAAGUUAUGAGGGCCUGUGGCUGGAAGGGCUUCCUCUAUUUUUGACCGUUGAAGAUCACGUGCUACCGCCGCUUUCUUCAAAUGGGAAGGAGGCGAUGAAACGAGAAGGCAGUCGAUAGAAGGGCAAUAGGUGCAACUUCACACCCUGCUUGCGAGGUGGGUGUAAGUAAACUUGUAGAUAAGAAUGAUAUCCCG